UCUCCAUUGAAAUAAACAACCAGGCAGCAGUUAUUAACACGGGAACAUGGCGGCCGCAGCCUGGGCUCCCGCGGCGGCGGCGAAGGUCAGCGCCGACGGCAGCCGGCACCUGACGGCGUGACGGCCCCACUGAUUCAUCUUGGAUUUGGCUUCAGAUGAACAGAUCUUCUGCACUGUGUACAGGCACAGCUGCUGAUAUGUGUUCAAGAUGAGUGGCAUGGGAGAAAACACCUCUGACCCGACGAGGGCAGAGACGAGGAAACGCAAGGAAUGUCCUGACCAGCUUGGACCCAGCCCCAAAAGGAGCACUGAGAAACGUAAUCGUGAGCAGGAAAAUAAGUACAUAGAAGAACUUGCAGAGCUGAUUUUUGCAAAUUUUAAUGAUAUCGACAACUUCAACUUCAAGCCUGACAAAUGUGCAAUCUUAAAAGAAACUGUGAAGCAGAUUCGCCAGAUCAAAGAGCAAGAGAAAGCAGCAGCUGCCAACAUAGAUGAAGUGCAGAAGUCGGACGUGUCGUCCACAGGGCAGGGCGUCAUCGACAAGGAUGCGCUGGGGCCUAUGAUGCUUGAGGCCCUCGAUGGGUUCUUCUUUGUAGUGAACCUGGAAGGCAAUGUGGUAUUCGUAUCAGAGAAUGUGACACAGUACCUAAGGUAUAACCAGGAAGAGCUGAUGAACAAAAGUGUCUACAGCAUCCUGCAUGUCGGGGACCACACUGAAUUCGUCAAGAACCUGCUGCCAAAGUCCAUAGUAAACGGGGGCUCUUGGUCUGGCGAGCCUCCCAGGCGGAACAGCCACACUUUCAACUGUCGGAUGCUGGUGAAGCCUUUGCCUGAUUCAGAAGAGGAAGGCCACGGUAACCAGGAAGCACAUCAGAAAUAUGAAGCUAUGCAGUGCUUCGCUGUGUCUCAGCCCAAGUCCAUCAAAGAAGACGGAGAAGAUUUGCAGUCCUGCUUGAUUUGUGUGGCGCGCAGAGUCCCUAUGAAGGAAAGACCAGCCCUUCCCUCAUCAGAAAGCUUUACCACCCGCCAGGACCUCCAAGGCAAGAUCACUUCUCUGGACACGAGCACCAUGAGAGCCGCCAUGAAGCCGGGCUGGGAGGAUCUGGUGAGAAGAUGCAUUCAGAAGUUCCACACACAGCAUGAAGGGGAGACUCUGUCAUACGCCAAGAGGCAUCAUCAUGAAGUUCUGAGACAAGGAUUGGCGUUCAGUCAAAUCUACCGUUUUUCUUUGUCCGAUGGCACUCUUGUUGCUGCGCAGACGAAAAGCAAACUCAUCCGUUCUCAGACGACUAAUGAGCCUCAGCUUGUAAUAUCCUUACACAUGCUUCACAGAGAGCAGAAUGUAUGUGUAAUGAAUCCGGAUCUGACUGGACAAGCGAUGGGGAAGCCAUUGAAUCCAAUUAGCUCUAGCAGCCCUGCCCAUCAGGCCAUGUGCAGUGGGAACCCAGUUAAUAUGAAUCCUCCCCCACUCAGCAAGAUGGGAAGCUUGGACUCCAAAGACUGUUUUGGACUUUAUGGGGAGCCAUCAGAAGGUACAACUGGACAAGCAGAGGCCAGCUGCCAUCCUGGAGAGCAAAAGGAGCCCAGUGAUUCCAGCAUGCCCCAGGCAGCCAGCGGGGAGAGGGCCGAGGGACACAGCCGGCUGCAUGACAGCAAAGGGCAGACCAAGCUCCUCCAGCUGCUGACCACCAAGUCCGACCAGAUGGAGCCUUCCCCCUUGCCCAGCUCUUUGUCAGACACAAAUAAGGACUCUGCAGGGAGCUUGCCUGGACCUGGGUCCACGCAUGGCACCUCUCUCAAGGAGAAGCAUAAGAUUUUGCACAGACUCUUACAGGACAGCAGUUCUCCUGUGGACUUGGCCAAGCUGACCGCAGAAGCCACAGGCAAAGAGCUGAGCCAGGAGUCCAGCAGCACAGCACCUGGGUCAGAAGUGGCUGUCAAACCGGAGCCAGUGAGCCCCAAGAAGAAAGAGAACGCACUACUUCGCUAUUUGCUUGAUAAAGAUGAUACUAAAGAUAUUGGUUUACCGGAAAUAACCCCCAAACUUGAGCGGCUGGACAGUAAGACCGACUCUGCCGGUCACACACAACUAACAGCUAUGAAAGCUGUGAAAGAGGGGAUGAGCUUUGAGCCCAGCGACCAGCCUGGCAGCGAGCUGGACAACUUGGAAGAGAUUUUGGAUGAUUUGCAAAAUAGUCAGUUACCACAGCUUUUCCCAGACACAAGGCCAGGAGCCCCUGCUGGGUCAGUUGACAAGCAAGCCAUCAUCAAUGACCUCAUGCAACUCACCGCGGACAGCAGCCCUGUUACACCUGUUGGAGCCCAGAAAACAGCGCUGCGAAUGUCACAGAGCACUUUUAAUAACCCACGACCAGGGCAACUGGGCAGGUUAUUGCCAAACCAGAAUUUACCACUUGACAUCACAUUGCAAAGCCCAACUGGUGCUGGACCUUUCCCACCAAUCAGAAACAAUAGUCCCUACUCAGUGAUACCUCAGCCAGGAAUGAUGGGUAAUCAAGGGAUGCUAGGAAGCCAAGGAAACUUAGGGAACAAUAGCACAGGAAUGAUUGGCAGUGGCACUUCCCGAGCCACCAUGCCUUCUGGGGAGUGGGCACCACAGAGUCCAGCUGUGAGGGUCACUGGUGCUGCUACUACUGGAGCCAUGAACCGGCCAAUCCAAGGAGGCAUGAUUCGGAACCCAACAGCCAGCAUCCCCAUGCGAGCCAACAGCCAGCCUGGCCAAAGACAGAUGCUCCAGUCUCAGGUCAUGAACAUAGGGCCUUCUGAACUAGAAAUGAACAUGGGGGGACCUCAGUAUAAUCAACAGCAAGCUCCUCCAAAUCAGACUGCCCCGUGGCCUGAGAGCAUCCUGCCUAUAGACCAAGCAUCUUUUGCCAGCCAAAACAGGCAGCCCUUCGGCAGCUCCCCUGACGACCUGCUGUGUCCACACCCUGCAGCAGAAUCUCCAAGUGAUGAAGGCACGCUUCUAGACCAGCUGUAUCUGGCCUUGCGGAACUUCGAUGGCCUCGAGGAGAUUGAUAGAGCGCUGGGGAUCCCAGAACUGGUCAGCCAGAGCCAGGCUGUAGAUCCGGAACAGUUCUCAAGUCAAGAGUCUAACAUGAUGCUGGAGCAGAAGGCCCCUGUUUUCCCACAACAGUAUGCAUCUCAGGCACAGAUGGCCCAAGGUAGCUAUAAUCCCAUGCAAGAUCCAAACUUCCACACCAUGGGACAGCGGCCUAAUUACACCACACUCCGUAUGCAGCCCCGACCAGGCCUCAGGCCCACGGGCCUCGUACAGAACCAGCCAAACCAACUGAGACUUCAACUUCAGCAUCGCCUCCAAGCACAGCAGGUUAGUUUUCCAUGGGACCUUCAGAGCUGGGGGCUCAGGAAGAUUAAUAGGGAUUGGUGUAGCUGUGAAACAUUAGAAUUGGGCUGGGAGCUGGGCGGUGAUGGUACACACCUCUACUCCUAG